GGCGCGGCGUGUACAGUACAUGUACAUAUGCGCCCCGUGUAAUUUCAAGCCGUAGCCAAGACGCGGCUUAAUUACCCCGAUCGAUCAUCCAACGGUAUACCCGAUUAACUACGUUCAACAUGGCGAUACAAACAUGGAACGUCUCGGAUUGGCUUGGGGAUUUCACCUUGCAAGAGAUGCCUUGUGGGAUGAAGCAGCUUAUCAGUGUGUGUUAGAACUACAUUGCAUGUGCAGUACAUACCACAGUUGUCACCAUGGUAACACUGUUGAUGAGUAACGCUGAGUUGUAAUCUCACUAGAAGGCAUUUCCUACAUAUUAUUUGGAUGUUAUAUGUAUCGCCGGAAGUAGACCAAGGCUGGAAUGUCAGCUUUUCAGGGCUUUAUAUGCAUAUAUACAUGUACACUAAGCAGAGGGGACAGAGGUUGUCAACUGUAAAGUGUUAAUGGGUACAUGAGCAGGCACCUGUUGCUAAUAGGAGCUUUGAAUCAGACCUGAACGGAUACCCUGUUAGGAGUGGAUGAGACCUGUCGUCCACCAGUCAUGAGUGAUAGCCAUCGCAUGCGUCCCAGCGCGCCCAUGGGGGAGGUGGAACAUGCCCACAUCUUGUCCCAGGACAUUGGGAACCUGUUUGCCAACCAGGACUACAGCGAUGUGACGCUGAUAGUGGAGGAUAAAUCCUUCCAUGCCCACAGAGUCAUCCUGGCGGCCAGGUGCCAGUAUUUCAGAGCCCUGUUGUUUGGGGGCAUGAGGGAGUCGGCACCAGACUGCAGCGAGAUAGUGCUCCAAGACACCACUGCGCAGGCCUUCGAAGUGCUCCUCAAGUACAUCUACACCGGCAGGAUAAACCUCCUGAGCCUGAAGGAGGACACCGUUUUGGAUGUCCUUGGACUGGCCCACCAGUACGGCUUUGUGGACUUGGAGGGGUCCAUCUCGGAUUACCUGAGGGCCAUCCUGAGCAUUCACAAUGUCUGUCUGAUAUACGACGUGGCCAGUUUGUACUCGCUGAACUCACUGAAGGAGACUUGCUACCAGUACAUGGAUGCUAACGCUCAGGAUGUGAUGAACAGUGAAUCCUUUCUCUCCCUUUCAGAGGGAGCUCUUAAGGAGGUGAUAUCCAGGGACUCUUUCUAUGCAUCAGAAAUUGCAAUAUUCAAGGCUGUGCAGGCUUGGACCCAGGCCAACAAAGACAGCGACUUUAGUGAGAUUGCCAAAGCAAUCCGGCUUCCUCUCAUGAACUUGAAUGAGCUUCUGGAUGUGGUACGGCCGACAAAGCUACUCAGUGCUGACGACAUCUUGGACGCUAUCAAGAUUAAGCAGGAAAGCAGAAACAUGGAUCUCAACUUUAGAGGAAGUCUCGUACUCAAUGAAAACAUUGCCACAGCCAAAUACAACGCAUCCGUCAUCAAUGGAGAUAUGCGAGCUUCACUACUAGAUGGAGACUGCAUGAACUACGACCUUGACCGCGGCUUUACGAGGCACCCAAUUGAGGAUGUGGCAAAACCCGAGGGAAUUGUUAUUAAACUGGGAAAGCCUUCUAUCAUUAACAAGAUCAGACUACUACUGUGGGACCGAGACAUGAGGUCGUAUUCCUAUUACAUUGAGGCUUCUAUCGAUGAGCAGGACUGGGUGCGUAUUGUGGAUCAUUCACAGUACCUGUGCAGAUCUUGGCAGACACUCUUUUUUCCACCCAGAGUAUGCAGGUAUAUACGCAUAGUGGGUACACGCAACACCGUUAACAAAGUAUUCCAUAUUGUGUCCUUUGAGUGUAUGUUCACUGACAAAACAUUGCCGCUAGAACGAGGACUAAUAGUGCCCAAAGAGAGCGUAGCCACCAUCCAGGCCAGUGCUAGUGUCAUUGAAGGUGUUAGCCGUAGCCGCAAUGCCCUGUUGAACGGAGACACCAAGAACUACGACUGGGACUCUGGUUACACCUGUCACCAGCUUGGCAGUGGGUCCAUCGUGGUCCAACUGGCCCAACCAUACAUCAUUGAUUCCAUGAGAAUGCUGUUGUGGGACUGCGAUGCCAGGACCUAUAGCUACUAUGUCGAGGUAUCCACCGACCAGAGUACCUGGAUGAAGGUAGCUGAUAGGACCAAAGAAGCGUGCAGGUCCUGGCAGUACCUGAAAUUCCCUAAGCAAGCUGUGACAUUUGUCAGGAUUGUUGGCACUCGGAACACAGCAAACGAAGUAUUCCACUGUGUUCAUUUUGAAUGCCCCGCCCAGUCAACGGACACACCCACAGGGAGGGAAGAAGGAGGGGCAUCUGCAGCGGGAGGGGACAGCCAGCCUCAGGGAAUGUCCCCCCAGCCGAGCGCACCUUCAUCCCUGCAUCACAGGCACUUACAUCAAGCACCGAGACUUUUCUCAAGGUAGUUGAAAGGGAGGCACCCUGACAUCCGAGGGUGAAGUACAUGUACCCAGUUGUCUGAGGAGGAAGUCGUUCAGUAUGCAGUGGGCAAGGCAGCAACACAGGGUAACUACUCCAUAUUACCCCGCUCUAGUGUAUUCAUUCCUCCAGUAUGGGACAGUUUUUAAAGUGAGACCAUCCCUUAACCUCCAGUCUGAAUUCAAGUCCUGAUGCAACCAAGGUACUCCCUUGGUAUCCCCAGUUCCUUGAGACUGGUAUUGUGAAUGUUUUGGUGUCCAUCAACUACAACAGUUGUACAGGGGCAUUUGUGUAGACUGCCAUCAGAGGGUGAAGGUACCUUUAGAUGGAAGAACUGGUCCUAGAAAAUAUCAGCGAAGCGUGGCCCGUCCCUCCAUUUCCACUUUGCACAAAUGUAUAAAUCAAGGUACUGGGAAAAGAAAAAAAGCAGAGGGAAGAUCCCCCAGCGUAGCGGAUAAAGGCAGUCAGUAGAGAUUGUGGAGAAUCACCUGCAAAGGGUGGAUGGUUGGUGGAAGCGAUGCACUGUGCCUUACAAUAAACCUUCCCAGCAACCAUGUGUAGCACUUACAUGUACGACCUCGAAAUGUGCUCACCCCCCUUACCUCUGUGCACUUUCAGCAUUAGAAUGGUGCCAAAUUCCCAAAGUGUGGCGAGUAAUGCCAGAAGCGACAGCAUUUUGUAAAGGUUCUCAGAUGUUCCCAACACAAGUGCUUGUUUGCUUAGGUUACAUACAUGCUGCAUUUACAUUCAUAUUCUAUACAGAGUUCAUUUAUAUAUGGUGUUUGAGCCCAUGGUUUUGGUUGUGAACACUUUGUCCCCUAAGUGAACUGAUUUACAUCAAAAAUCUGUAAGUAAUAAGAUGUACAGAAAUAUUGUCUGAAAGUCUCCAAGGUUUCGAUAUUGUUUUAUCAAAGACACUUGUAAAAACACGAGUGGCUGGUAAUUAAGUGCAAGAGUAUGGUCCUAUCCAAACCCUGUAGAGUGCUUUUAGACACUAUAUCUAUCGCUUAUAAUUCAGGCCACUUUACCCUGUAAAUUUAGGACCUCAUCUUACCGGUGAAGGAUUGUCAUGUGGCUGUCAUAGUUUGCCUGUUACUGCAGUGCCGUCGCUUGAUCAUUUACUAUGUAGGCUUUAUAACCACCCCUCGGAUUGUAAGAUCCAUGGCUCGUCACGCUAUUUAGCUGAAGAAACAGUGCUGUUAAAAGAAAUGUACCUGCGGUUUAUAUUAUCUUGUUUCUUGAACGUGUCCAGUCAGUCACGUUUGAGUACAACUGUUGCGUGUUAAAAUUAUAUGACCUGCAGUUUGUGUGAGCUGAUAAAAAUUUGCUGAAAUUCUUCUGCUGGGUAGGUUUUCCCAAUGACAAGAGAGACAUGAUUCAUAAAACAGCCCCCAAAACAGAAAUAAAAUUGAAUUUGGUUUGCUUUAUGCUUGUGCAAUCUUUGCUGGCCAGCAAGUAAUCAGACAUUUGUUUGAUAGCUUAAAAUUACAGUCUUUUCCUGUCGUAAUGGUUUUUUGUAUUCAGCACUUAUUCUGUUAUUUGGAGAAAAUCGAAAAGAAGGAUAGACGAAAAAAAUAAAACAGAUACAUGUAUAAUAUUUUAGUGGCAGAAAAUUUGAAAGCAAAAACUUGACAUAAAAUGUAAAAAAAAUAGGGCCAUAGAUCAAUGUGUUUAAUUUAGCGAUUCAGUAGAUAAUUGCAUUUGCUAAUCUGCACAAAUAAAACUCAACAUUCCCCUCUGCUGCAUGAAGUCAGUUCAACAAAUUCUGUUGUAUUGAGGUCUUGCUUGUUGAUUCCAUCUGACAAUGAUGUGUAUGCUAUUUCUUAGUUACAGAAUAAUGGUCUCUCCACACCAUUUUAUCCAAGAUGAUGGCUGAAAUUUAAAUUUAAAUGGCUUCUAAAUCCAUUACAAAGCAUUGCAAGAUUUUGACAUGUUGGCUAAAGUUUUAGUGAAAACUCUCAGUGGACGUAGACUGUUCCAGUGAUCAAACAGCGAAAGAAAGCCACUCAAACUGACAUUAUUGUAAGAAAAUUUGAUGGCAGCUGUGGGUUUUAGAAUUGAGAAAAAUACCUCAAACGUUUUCUACUUACUCUGUUCAGCAGCUGUGGUUGGGAAAAAUACAAAGCCUUAGCCGCCCCGGCUGUGUUCUAUUGCUGUGGUCAGCCUAAUUUUCCUUGGACAGUUUUGGGGUUUUCAUUGAAUUCUUGUGAUGUUAUGAAUGUGAACACAUUGCCAACCCUCAGCUUUAAGCAACAUUGUAGGUCAGUGCACGUUCGGUUUUAGUGUGUAUGACUGAAUUGUGUUUCAGUGGUCCUGCCAUGUCUUGUCCAAUUCCGUUUUCUUAUUUUUCACCGAAGUUAUAAUCUUGGCAGAGAUAAGAAACAUAUACAUGUAUAAUCCAAACAAAGUUAUACAAGAGUAGUUUCCAUGACAGAUCUUUACUGCACAUUCAAGAUGUUAGGUAUCACUCGUGAGUUUUGUAUCACUAAAAAACGUGCAGUAGAGAUCAUACAAGCACAAAUUUGCCCAAUAUUCACAGGGAUAUCCCAGCUCUGUCAAAGCCUUGUGUGAACUAUUGUUCAACAUAACUUUCCUUUAGCCUGUUGUUUUGAACAAUAGUAAGCGAAAUGCUUGUACAAUGACCGGGGUGACCCUUCUUAAUGUACAUGCACAUCUAUCUGGUACCGUGGUGUGUGGAUGAAAUUCAUGUAGACACUGAAGCCAAGGCUUCCAGUGUAAAGCCAUCGUAAUGGCUCUAUAUAUCUUUCCUUUUUCCAAUCCCCGCCACAAAAGGGUGAAAUUUUGAGGGAAUCUUAAGUUUCUGCAUAUUUGCAUUGAUUUUCUUACAUCUCUGUUGAUGCUGAGGUUAUCUCCAUGCUAUGCCUUUCACAUUUUUAACAUAGACUGUUCGAAUGUAAUCAAGGCUCUGCCUUCAUUUUUCCUCCCAGUUGUUACCUGUAUAAUUGAUCCAACAAUCUUCUUUUAAGUUGGUAUUUCACAACAGAGCCUUAUAUGAAAACAAGAGUGUUAUUUAUUCAGAUUGUAUAGUGUAAAAUAGUGUAUAUUGAUCAUUUUGAAUGGAUAAUGUAUGUUUGUGAAGACUAUAGUUCCUUGGAGGUGCACACUGAGAAUUUAGUUCUAUAAUAGAAUUUUGUUCACAGUAAAGGCUUGGGCUGUGUCCAAAACAGAGUUGUAGUGUAGCGGCUACAUCUGCUGUCAGGUUAUGCCUGUGUGGCUGCAACCAGCACAAAUCUAGACCUAGCACUAGAUUCAAGGUUUGGACAAGGCUUAGAUACAUGUAAAACGUGAGUUUCAACAAAGUCAUUAACCCCAUUACUCUUGUACUCAGGAUGGCCCAGGCCAGUUCCCUCGUUGCUUUUAUGUACCACAUAACUGUUGAUUAGCUUGGGUGCAUGGAUGAUGUUUUUGGAAAGUGACCUGCUUUGCCAAGAGCAAGUCUGUUGUGCCAAAACUGUCUUUCUGAGCCUUACCUACAUUCAUGUGAAUGAAUACAGCAUGAACUGAGCUUUCUUUCCUUUCUUUUCUACAUGUAUGUGUACAUAUUGGACUCACAAAAUACAUUCUGUUGCUCUUUCUUCAGCCAACUGUGAAAAGUCACCCGAAAUCUUCAAGUAUUUGUAAAAUAAUAUUAGCUUUUCAACUUGCCCAUUUCGUAACAACUAAAAAAUUUUUAAAUAUGCAGCAUACAGGAUCGCACAUACUUCACACAGAAGUGAAAGUUAAAGCUAAGAAACGAAAAACACAUUUGGGACGACAGUAAAUUUGUAUACUUCGCAAGGUUUACCUCACCUUUGCUUUGUAGUUUAUCAAUUUUGGCCUGAAAACAAUAGCAACUUUCUACCACCUGACAGAAAGUAUAACUGAAAAAAAGGAGGUCAUGCCUGGAUGUGCAAAAGUUUUUCCUAAAAUUAUGACCCAAAGGCAUUCAAUUCAGUUAAUAUACCAUGUAAAAAUUGGAAUAAUAAAAAGGGCUUUUAUGUGAUGUAUGCAGCGAGCCCCUGAGACUGCAUCAGAAUGGAAUGACUGCGGCAAGAAAUAACACAUUAGCCACUUUAAAUCUGUGGCUUGGGGCUGAAGCCAUUUCCCCAUUGGUGAGGAUGUUACUCAAAGCCACAGCCAACUGAUUUGGACACAGCCUAAGACUCAUUUCAUUUUGUUAAGUUGGUCUAGGAGCAGGUGGUAACUGUGAUUGUGUUGGUGACAGCUGUAGGGGGUCUGGUGAUUCACCACGCAGUUUUCCUGCUGUGAUCUGAAUGGAAGCAAAGACUACCGAUGUCAGGUCCUGCAGCCGUAAUUUCAAAUCUGGUUUUUUAAAGUCACAUUUCUUUUAGCCCUCCAUUUUGAACGGAGUUCUAGCUGUGUCGUAGUUGAGUCUUGUUUCCUAAAUCCAACUUACGUGAAAUUCAAGACGUUGCUGGAAUCAUGCUUAAGUACAGAUACCAAAGCAGUGGUUUGAAUGUGCAGAUGACAGGUGUCCAAGAGCUGCUACAAAGGUCUGCAAGGAUUUGGGCUCUGGCUCAAGUUUUUUGUAGGAGCACUCACAAGCAACCUCAUGAUCAAAAGCCUAAGUAAUCUUACAGUCUAGCUUGAUACCCACUGUAAAGUGUCCUAAUUUAAGUUGCAUGUUGGAUUUAGAACUCGGCUUCAUCUUUGAAUUACUGUCAGGGUACUUUUAGUGCUUUAUAAAAUCUUUUGCAGCUUAUGUGACAAUGUAAGCUGCUUGUGUUAAGUUUGAGUGUCACUAACAAAAUCAUCAUGACUUGAUUUGGAAUAGCAUAAGAUGUGGUGGUAUUUUUGCAGGGCUGGUGUCAAAACCGGUACAAAACAACAAGAACUGGUCUGUGUGCUCUGUAUCAUUUUUUCAUUGUGCUCCUGGUUACACUAUGUAUUCAGAAAGUAUUUAAAGUAAAUUUAUUUGAGCUGUCAGGUUUUCUUCCCUCUGAUGCCCUGUGUUCCUAAAUGGGAAUGUUGGCAUUGUUAUGAGAUCAAGGUUUCCGUAUUGGCUCUGCAGCAGUCUGGUACCUUUUGCAAAUAAAUUGUUUCUAAAUUAGAGUGUGACUAAACCUUCAAAACCUAUGGUAUUACUUUUAAUUUAUUCACAUAUUUUUUUGGUUAUCUUUUUCAUGUAACUAAAGAGGAUACAUUAUAUGUAUUUUAAAAUAUAGAAUUGAAGCGUUGAUUUAUUCUUGAAGCAGCUUGACUUUGUACAUUGUGAUAAGAUUUUGACUAAAUAUUAGAUAUAUUCCAACCAAAUCAAUAAUUACACAUGGGUGUGUUGAAGAACUUUUAUCCUGUGAAUAUGGAGUUGAAUAAAUCACUGUUGCACAUUAUUCUGAAUUAUAA